GCCCUUGGCCCCGCCCUCGUCCCACCUGGACCCCAGUCCAACCAAGGGACCCCUCACGCUGCGAGAGAGGAAGAGUGCUGGAGUCCAUCGAAGCCAGGACUCCAACGCCGUGAGCCUCAUCUGGCCCCGGCAUGAUGCUGGUGGCUUUGCUGAUCACCCUCAGCUACCUGGGCUUCAAUACCCUCUUCCGGCAGGCCUAUGCUGUUCCUAUUCUGCCCCUGGGCCUGGCUCCAGACACCUUCGAUGAUGCCUAUGUGGGUUGCUUAGAGGAGAUGGAGGAGAAGGCAGCCCUCCUGCUAAAGGAGGAGAUGGCUCAUCACACCCUGCUGCGGGAAUCUUGGGAGGCAGCCCAGAAGGCCUGGGAACAUCGUCGUCAAGGGCUCACUCUGCCCCUUGGCUUCAAAGCCCAGCAUGGAAUAGCCAUUAUGGUCUACACCAACUCAUCUAAUACUUUGUACUGGGAGCUGAAUCAGGCCGUGCGGAUGGGCGGUGUCUCCCGCGAAUACUACAUGAGACACUUCCCCUUCAAAGCCCUGCAUUUCUACCUAACCAGAGCCCUGCAGCUUCUGCGGAGCCAUGGAGGCUGCAGUAGAGGAUCUAGGGAGGUGGUGUUUAGAGGCGUGAGCAGCCUUCGGUUUGAACCCAAGAGGUUGGGAGACUCUGUCCGCUUAGGCCAGUUUGCCUCCAGUUCCCUGGAUGAGGCAGUAGCCCACAGGUUUGGUAAUGCCACCUUCUUCUCUCUAAGGACUUGUUUUGGGGCACGUAUUCAGGCCCUGUCUGUCUUCCCUGAAGAACGUGAGGUGCUGAUUCCCCCCCAUGAAGUCUUCUUGGUCACUGGGUUCUCCCAGGAUGGACCCCGGAACCUAGUGACUCUCUGGAGCUAUAAUCAGAUCUGCAGCCACUUUAACUGCGCAUUUUUGGGUGGGGAGAAGAGGCGGCGAUGUGUGCCUGGACCAGAAGUAGAGCAGCCAGAGUCUCCUUCCAAGGGGAACUUUUCUACUUUCCUAGAAAAUCCCACUCUUGGCUCCUGGGAGGUUCCAGUUCUCAAGAGCUGGGUCCUGAAAGUCCAACACCUGCCACUUAGGAAUCCUGGGAACUGGUGACCUUCAUAUGAAGAAGGGGGCUUCAAAUAGCCUUGAGAAGCAAGACCAUGGUUCUGGACCCACCUCCAGCAGCCAUAUUCCAAAAGGGUGUGGGGAGACCUUAGGCCAUUGCAGGGUUGAGGGAAGCACACUAUCUGGUGGGGAGUUCCUUGGACAAGCAAGGGAAAUACUAUGAUGGCGCCUCAAUUAAAUGGUGUCGCAGCAUGGAGA